AUGUCCGCAGAGCUCGAUGGCAAUCACUCAAAGAAUGCACUGCGUCGACGUAGCGGCCCUGCAUCCAGUCAUAUCGAAGCUGGACGAAGGAGACAAAAGGAGCGGCUGAUCUGUAUAGCGAAUCAAGCUCGUCUUGUAAGCGAUCCCCCGGACGACGGCAUCUCGGUAGGAUUGCUGGAGCGCAUGAAUGGUGUCGGCUUGGCUGCAGAAGGUAGCCUCUCGAUCCCACAAAUACGAGAUCGUGGCCAUCGUGAGACGAACGUCGUCGGCAGAGACUCUGGGAACGAAGUCGGUGACGCCCACAGCUGGAGCAGACCUUUCACGAGAUUCAUUAGCGGCCGGGAUGUCGGAUCUGGACGCAUCUGGGGCCCCCGGAGGAGAGCAUACCACCCGCAAUCUAGCGAUCUAGAUGGCGAGUCUCGGGAUGGAGACGAGGGUCUGGUCGGCUGUCGAUCUGGCGAUCCUGUGGGGAUUGUGGGCGAUCCGGUUGGGCCUAGAUGGCGCGGAGACCCAGGCCGAUCGGGGACCGCUGGGGUGUGUCCUCCGAGAUCGGGCGAUCCGGGCGACAGGUCGCGAUCCGGAGACAGAAACAUGGUGGGUCCUUCUGAUGAGAUCAGCGAGGGGGCGGUUGUGGCAAAGUCACUACUCAAAUUUUGUACGAGGAUCGGUGGCCACACCUUUAAAGCGCCGCUUACUGGUGGAAAAGGAGGCCAUGAGACUCGGCGAUCCAAUACGGAGGUGGAAGAUGAUCUUAACGGGAUCGGCGAACCGAUCCAACUGUCGUUAGACGAAUGGGUAUGA